CUGCACUCUCUAACAAAAAAUAGAGUGUUGUUGUCGAACUCUUGCUCCAAUGGUGCUAACGAAAGGUCUUGAUAAUGGGAGCAGAAAGCGCAAACGACAGCCUUCAAGACAGCCUUCAAGAAAGCUUGGAGUGGAUACAAAAGUGGAGGUGCGGAGUAUGGACAACGGGUUUGAAGGAUCGUGGCACCCUGGGACAGUUAUCAUGUGUGAGGAUUUGCAACGGCGUGUCAGAUAUAACAAUAUUUUGGAUAACAAGGGGGUGUAUAAUCUUGAGGAGGUGGUGAUUGUUUCAAAAGCUUUGGACGGUGAUAAUGAAUGUGCAGACAUCUAUGCACGCGGGUUCAUUAGGCCACUGCCUCCUUUGGUUGAGUUUGAUAUGGGGGACCUUGUAUAUGGUUUAUGUGUUGAUGUGAACCAUGAGGAAGCUUGGUGGGAAGGAGUUAUAUUUGACUACUGUGAUGGAAUGGACAAGAGGAGUGUGUUUUUCCCUGAUUUGGGUGAUGAAAUACCGGUUGAAAUUCAUCAGUUGCGGAUUACCCAGGACUGGGAUGAAAUUACCGAGGAAUGGACCCGACGAGGGAACUGGGUGUUUCUUGAUCUGUUGGAGGAGCAGAAGAGGAACUUGUUUAUCACAGUUUCGACCAAGCAGAUUUGGUAUGAUAUACGCAUUAGAAAGGAAUUUGAGACGAUUAGAGAGUGGACAUGUAAUUUGAAGUACUUGUGGACCGAGUUGAUAAAGGAGAUAAUUAAUCACUACUUAUCUCUAACGUUAAAGGAAAUUAUCUCUGUCCUAAGCCUUCCUCGGAGUCUUUUAAAUGAAACACCAGAUCAUGAAUUUGCUGAAGCUAUGCCUAAUGUUGACUUAAGCAUGAUCUGGCAUAAUAAGCAAACUGUUGUGCAGAAAGGAACUGUCCCUCGUAUUCAAGGGACCUUAUCUGACGUUCAAAAUGAAAUUAGACCCUGUGGUGAUAGUCCUUUGGAUGAAAGCGGAGAAGAUAGAUCCUCAAGUCAUUUAAUGUCCUCUUUUUGGAGUCCUGUGAAGUUGUCUGGGGUUGAAUUAUGCCCUGAUGCUGUUAGGGAAUAUCCACUUGCUUCCAAACGUGAAGCCAGGGCAUUUUGGAUGGACAAAUUACAAAAGCAUCUUGUAUGUCUUGGAUGGAAAAUUGAAUGGUCAAAUAGAUUAAAUAUUAAACGUUACAAGUAUAUUCCCCCUUAUACGAAGGGCCCAAAGCGUUACCUUUCACUCAUUGAAGUUUGUAAAGCUAUGAAACAGGACCCCAACAUGAACUCCUUGCCUCUCCAAAAUGAUCAGACCAUAACGCAUCCUACAGUUGAUUUCCAUCUUUCAGAUGUGCCUUCUAUUCCAGCUGAAAAUAUUCAGUCUAUAACGGAUCUCCAAAAUGAUCACACUAGAAUGCAUCCUACAGUUGAUUGUCCUCUUUCAGAUGUGCCUUCUAUUCCAGCUGAAAAUAUUCAGUCUGUAACGCAUCUUCAAAAUGAUCACACUAUAAUGCAUCCUACAGUUGAUUGUCAUCUUUCAGAUGUGCCUUCUACUCCAGCUGAAAAUAUUCAGUCUAUAACGCAUCUCCAAAAUGAUCACACUAUGAUGCAUCCUACAGUUGAUUGUCAUCUUUCAGAUGUGCCAUCUAUUCCAGCUGAAAAUGUUCAGUCUAUAAUGCAUCUCCAAAAUGAUCACACUAUAAUGCAUCCUACAGAUGAUUGUCAUCUUUCAGAUGAGCCUUCUAUUCCAGCUGAAAAUAUUCAGUCUAUAACGCAUCUCCAAAAUGAUCACACUAUAAUGCAUCCUACAGUUGAUUGUCAUCUUUCAGAUGUGCCUUCCGUUCCAGCUGAAAAUAUUCAGUCUAUAACGCAUCUCCAAAAUGAUCACACUAUAAUUCAUCCUACAGUUGAUUGUCACCUUUCUGAUGUGCCUUCUAAUCCAGCUGAAAAUAUUCAGAAUCUAGAUAUCAUUCCUCCAGCUGAAAAUAUUCAGAAUCUAGACAUCUUUCCUCCUGUUGAAAAUAUUCAGAAUCUAGAUAUUUUUCCUCCUGCUGAAAAUAUUCAGAAUCUAGAUAUCUUUCCUCCUGCUGAAAAUAUUCAGAAUCUAGAUAUCUUUCCUCCUGCUGUGCCAUCUUCUCCAGUUGAAGAUGAAGUUGAAGAAGUACCUGAGUAUUGUCCUCGGGCUGUUGUGCAGUAUUAUCGCAUGUAUAUAUACAAGAAGAGCCGGGCUGAUAAAAAAAAGUGGAUACUAAAGGCAAAGAAGCAUCUGUUAUCAGAGGGAUGGGUUUUAGACCAUCCACCUCCAUUUAAUAAGAAAAGGGGAAUAAUAUACAUGUCUCCACAAAAUCGGAAAUUCCCAACACUCCAUGCAGCAUGCAAAUUUUGCAUUGAAGAGACUAUUCCUAAUUGGAACCUUGAAUGGCAGGAGAUUGAUGAAGGUGCUUCUGGUAUUAAACCAACUACAAAUCAAAAGAAGAAAAACAAGAGGGAUUUGAAGGCCAACACACCCAAGGGCCAAAGCAAUGGACCUCGACAGGUGCUAAGAUCAAAUAAGAGGGUGCAAAAGGUGUCUGUCUCUACUCAUUUACAUCAUAAGCCUCUAAACAUUCCGUCUUAUUUGAUAGACAGCAACAUCAUCUUACCAAGGUCUAAGGUUUACUAUAAGGCAAAAGGCACGAACCGUGCAGUCCGAACUUUGGCUGAGGGGAAAAUAACUCAUGAUGGAAUCAAGUGUAACUGUUGUCUUACAAUAUACAGUUUUGUUGGAUUUGAAAAACAUGCUACUGGCAGUAGUACCUGCAGACCCUCUGCUAAUAUCUUUUUGGAUGAUGGGAAGUCACUCUUGGACUGCCAGAUACAAAUGAUGCAAGGUCAAAAGAAUAGUGUAGCCAGUGGAAAAGCAUUAAGUGAUCUGUCUCUAGCUGAUAAUGACUACAUUUGUUCAGUUUGUCGCUAUGGUGGUGAACUUAUUUUAUGUGAUAAAUGUCCAUCCUCAUUCCAUAAGACGUGUCUUGGUUUGGAGGAUGUCCCUGAAGGUGACUGGUUUUGUCCAUCAUGUCGUUGCGGGAUUUGUGGCCAAAGGAAAAUUGAUGGAGAUGAGGUUGAACACUUCCUUUCUUGCAUACAAUGUGAACAUAAAUAUCAUGUUAGGUGCCUGAAAAAUGGAGCUGCAAAUACAUCAAGAUAUAAUGGAAACUGGUUCUGUGGAAAAGACUGUGAAAAGAUAUACGAGGGCCUUCAUAAGUUAUUAGGAGAGCCAACUCCAGUGGCUAGCAAUCUAACUUGGACUUUGGUGAAGUUUAUCAACCCUGACAGUUGUGAUCUUGGUAAUGUUGAACGUGACUUAGUGGCAGAAAGUUACUGCAAACUCAGUCUUGCUCUUUCGUUGAUGCAUGAAUGUUUUGAGCCCCUAAAAGAACCCUUGACUUCCAGAGAUCUCGUGGAAGAUGCUCUAUUCAGCAGAAGGUCAGAGCUUAACCGAAUAAAUUUCCAGGGUUUCUACACUGUGCUACUUGAGAGAAAUGAAGAACUGGUUAGUGUGGCAACUGUUAGGGUCCAUGGGAAGAAGGUAGCUGAAAUACCUCUUGUUGGUACCAGAUUACAAUAUCGUCGACAUGGAAUGUGUCGCAUUUUAGUAAAUGAGCUUGAAAAGAAGCUCAUGAAAUUAGAUGUGGAGAGGCUGGUUUUGCCGGCUGUUCCUAGUGUGCUAGAGACAUGGACCGGCUCUUUUGGCUUUGCAAAGAUGACUGAUUAUGAGAGAUCUCAGUUUCUGGACUAUACUUUCCUAGAUUUUGAGGGUACCAUUAUGUGCCAAAAGUUGUUGAUGAACAUUGCAUCUUCAGAUUCAGUUCCGUUAAUAGAGUCUGAACGUUGCUGUUUUAACCCCAGUAAGUCUGGUCCUGUAUGUGAAGUGCACCCAGUAGAAGCUAUUGACGAAAAUGCUUGUGCUGGCAAUAAUGAUCACCAUGAUUUAAGAGCUAUUGACCCAUUUAGAAUGGUGAAGGAACCGGAUCAACAGUGUCAGAAAGGAACAACCAGUAGUGUGUGCUCUUUUGAUGAACUAGUUGAAAGGAAUGAUGAUGAUCUGUAUAAGUUUGUCUACACACGAAAGAAAAUGAGAAAAUCAUACCAAGGGAUUUAGCAUGCCAUCAUGGCUGUCCACAUAAUGUCAUAAAUAGUAGACUUUUGUACAGAGUAGAAAUAGCCUUGUACAAAACUCUACUUUUGCUCUGCAUUCAUGGUAUUACAACCUUAUCACUGUGCUAUUUUGCUGUCAUCUGAGUUUGUGAAAUAGAAACGGUAAA